UCGGACAAACUAUUUAGUGGAAAAGGCUUACAUUUUCAGCCAUCAGUUCUAGAUUUUGGAAUACAGUUCCUGGGACAUCCUGCCGCGAAGGUUCUAUUUGCUUACAACCCUAGCAGGGACAGCGAGGUUGUGGUGAACUCAGUGUUUACAGCUGUUGGACACUUCCAUGUGCCUCCUGUUCCCUGCAGGGUAAUUCCAGCAAUGGGGAAAAUUUCCUUCAGAAUUAUUUUCUUACCUACUGAGGAAGGAAGCAUCGAAAGUUCUUUAUUUAUUAAUACCUCUUCAUAUGGAGUCCUUUCCUAUCAUGUAUCUGGAAUUGGGACUCGCAGAAUCUCUAGAGAAGGGUCAGCAAAGCAGCUGCCAAAUGCGUAUUUUCUGCUUCCACAGGUUCAGAGCAUUCAGCUGUCACAAACACAGGCAGAAACCACGAACACUAGCCUCUUGCAGGUGCAGCUGGAGUGCAGUUUACAUAAUAAAGUGUGCCAGCAAUUAAAGAGUUGUUAUCUGCAAUCUGAUGAUGUUUUGCGCAUACAAAUGAGCAUUAUGGUAACAAUGGAAAACGCCUCAAAAGAAUUUGAAGACAAUGCACAAGAUUUGUUAGAUCAUCUCUCUAUUGUUUAUGUAGCUACAGAUAAAUCUGAGACAUCAGGUGAUUCAGCAGUAAAUAUGUAUAUCUUACAUUCAGGAAACAGUCUUAUAUGGAUACAGGACGUCCAUCAUUUCCCAAAGAGAGAUGCUCUGUCUCUGCAGUUUGAACCAGUGUUACUUCCUACUUCUACAACAAACUUUACAAAAAUUGCUUCUUUUACUUGCAAAGCUACAUCAUGUGAUGGUGGAAUUAUAGAAGAUGUGAAGAAAACAAAACACACUCCAACACUGAAAGCCUGCCUCGCCUCUUCCGUGGCUCAAGGGUAUUUUAGAGUGGACUCUUCUGCAACCCAGUUUCACAUAGAGACUCAUGAGAACACUUCAGGACUUUGGUCAAUAUGGUACCGCAACCAUUUCGACCGUAGUGUUGUAUUAAAUGAUGUGUUUGUUUCCAAGGAGACAAAGCACAUUUUAAAGAUUCUGAAUUUCACUGGCCCUUUAUUUCUACCUCCAGGCUGUUGGAAUAUAUUUUCUUUGAGACUUGCUGUUAAAGACAUGGCCAUAAAUCUGUUCACCAAUGUCUUUUUGACCACAAACAUAGGUGCUAUUUUUGCAAUACCGCUACAGAUUUACUCAGCACCGACCAAGGAAGGGAGUCUGGGUUUUGAAGUGAUAGCACAUUGUGGCAUGCAUUAUUUCAUGGGAAAGUCAAAAGCAGGAAAUCCUAAUUGGAAUAGGAGCCUUUCUCUGGAUCGGUCUACCUGGGAUGUGGAUUCCGAACUUGCAAAUAAAUUGUAUGAAAGGUGGAAGAAAUAUAAAAAUGGCGAUGUCUGCAAGAGGAAUGUUUUGGGAAUGACUCGGUUUACUCCCUUGAAGAAAUCCAAGGAGUCAGAGUCCUUUGUCUUCUUCCUCCCUCGUUUGGUCACAGAGCCUGCCCUCGUGUUAAACUUCAGUGCAACUGCCCUCAGGAACAGUGUGCUGAAGUCCUUUGCGGUGAAGAACCCGUCCUCUCGGCCAGUCUCCCUGCAGCUCCUGCCUCUGUCCUUGUACCCUAAACCCGAAGCCAUAGUGCGCCUGCUGCACAAAUGGUUUGGCACUGAUAUCCAGAUGAUGAAUUUCACAACUGGUGAAUUCCAGCUCACCAAAGCUUGCCCCUACCAGGGUGUGCGUUCUGAGGAACCCAGGUUUGGCAUCCUGCAUUUACAUCUGCAGCCUUUGGAAACGAAAAGGGUUGGUGUUGUUUUCACGCCUGCUGACUAUGGAAAAGUUACCUCACUCAUACUAAUCCGGAAUAACUUGACUGUUAUUGACAUAGUUGGUGUGGAAGGAUUUGGAGCAAGAGAAUUACUGAGAGUGGGCGGAAGACUUCCUGGUGCUGGAGGCUCACUCCGAUUUAAGGUGCCCGAGUCCACGCUCAUGGACUGCCGUCGACAAUUGAAAGACAGCAAGCAAAUUUUAUCUAUUACAAAGAGCUUUAAAGUUGAGAAUAUUGGACUUCUUCCCAUAACUGUAUCAUCUCUGAAAAUUAAUGGGUAUAAUUGCCAAGGUUAUGGAUUCGAAGUACUGGAUUGUCAUCAGUUUUCUCUGGACCCAAACACAUCCCAUGACAUCAGCAUCAUGUUCACUCCAGACUUCACCUCUUCCUGGGUCAUUCGUGACCUGACUCUUGUCACUGCAGCUGGUCUGGAGUUUCACUUCACUCUCAAUGUGACUCUCCCUCAUCACCUGUUGCCCUUGUGUGCAGAUGUGGUUCCAGGACCCAGCUGGGAGGAGUCAUUUUGGAGGCUCACGGUCGUUUUUGUCAGUUUGUCCCUGCUGGGUGUGAUUUUAGUAGCCUUCCAGCAAGCACAGUACAUUCUUUUGGAAUUCAUGAAAACCAGACAGAGGCAAAACACUAACUCCUCUUCACAGCAAAACAACGGUCCGAUGGAUAUCAUCAGCUCCCAUCCUCACAAAAGCAAUUGCAAGAACUUUCUUGUUACAUACGGCCCCUCUGAUAAAGGCAGAGGGAAGGGCUGCCUUCCAGUGAACACUCCACAAAGCCGAAUUCAGAAUGCCGCCAAGCGGAGCCCGGGCACCUACGGCCAUUCUCAGAAGAAGCACAAGUGCUCCGUAUAUUAUAGUAAACAUAAACCCAGCACGUCUGCAGCCAGCAGUGCCAACACGAGUACAGAGGAAAAACAGACCUCACUCGUGGGCAGCUCCCUAUCUGCUGCUAAAGAAGAUGUUUGCACCGAUGUCAUGGUUGAGAACUGGAUUAGCCUUAAAUACGCAAGUGGCAUGAAUGUCAACUUGCAGAAGAAUUUAACCUUUCCCAAAAACUUACUGAAUAAAGAAGAAAACACACUGAAAAACACAGUUGUUGUCAAUAAUCCUUCUUCAGAAUGUAAUCUGAAGGAGGGAAUACAGACAUGUAUGUUUCCUAAGGAAACUGACAUUAAAACUUCAGAGAACACAGCUGAGCUCAAGGAACAGGAGCUCUGUCCACUGAAGACCUCUAAGAAACUACCUGAAAACCAUUUGCUGAGAAGCUCACCUCAGUAUCACCACUCAGACUUGCCAGAAAUUUCCAGGAAAAACAAUGGGAAUAACCAGCAAGUGCCUGUCAAGAAUGAAGUAAAUAGUUGUGAAACUUUGAAAAAGGUUGACACAAAGUCUUCUUCAGAAAAGAAGAGUCACAAAGCAUCUAAAGAUGUAUGUUCUGAGAAACAGGACGUACCUUCAGUGGAGCAAGAAGAUCCUUAUAGGAAGAAGAAGCUUCAGGAGAAAAAAGAAGGAAAUGUGCAAAAUUUAAAUUCAAAUAAAAGUCGAACGUGUAGAAAAAACAAGAAAAGAGGCACUACUCAGGUCUCAAGGCCUUCCGAACAGAGUGAGCUAAAGCUUAUGUGCAGCGACUUCAAGAGGCCUGAGCUGAGCAGUGACAUUGAUGUACGAAACUGGUGUCUACAGGAAGACAUUAGGGAGGUUUGCAAAGCAGACACUGAGGCUGCAGGCAGCUUCCCGGCCCCACAGCGAGAGGCAGAGGGUUACUACCAGAAGCCUGAGAAGAAGCACGGGGACAAGUUCUGCUCCGACUCCAGCUCCGACUGCGGGAGUUCCUCGGGCAGUGUGCGAGCUAGCCGGGGCAGCUGGGGCAGCUGGAGCAGCACCAGCAGCUCCGAUGGGGACAAGAAGCCCGUGGUGGACGUCCAGCACUUCCUGCCGGCAGGAGACAGUGUUUUACAAAACGAUUUUCCUUCUGAAACUCCCAUCUCCCUGAAUCUUUCUCAUAACAUCUGCAAUCCCACGGAUGUGAAUGGUCUCCUGCAGUAUGAGGAGCCUUCCUGCCCCAGCCUUCCUGCUGGGCCCACGGUUGUUGGAGAAGACCGAGGUCUUUACUCCCCUGGAGACCUGUGGCCCACGCAGCCUGUGUGUCUGACGAGCAGCUUAAACUGCGCCCUGGACAGCAGCACGCCGUGCGUGUUGCAGGAUCCUGCCCCGGUUCACAGCAGUUUCGUCGAUUGGAGCGCAGUGUGUGAAGGCCAGUUUUCCCAUGCGUACUGUCCGUUGGAGGUGAACGAUUACAAUGCCUUUUCAGAAGAAAACAUGAAUUACACGAAUGGCUUUCCCUGUCCCGCGGAAGUUCAGACAGACUUCAUUGAUCACAACUCUCAGUCUUCGUGGAACAGCCCUGCUGCCAUGCCUGCUGCCUGGGGACAUGCCAGUUUCAUCAGCUCUCCGCCCUACCUCACAAGCACCCGCAGCUUGUCUCCAAUGUCUGGACUUUUUGGUUCCAUCUGGGCCCCGCAAAACGACGUAUAUGAAAACUGCUGCCCCAUCAGUCCCACCACGGAACAUUCGACUCACAUGGAAAACCAGGCGGUCAUGUGCAAGGAGUACUACCCAGGGUUCAACCCGUUUCGUGCCUACAUGAAUCUGGACAUAUGGACUACCACGGCCAACAGGAAUGCGAACUUCCAGCUGUCCAGAGACUCGAGUUACUGUGGGAAUGUGUGAAAGAGUUGGAUUCUUACGCAAUGUGAAUAAAGAUGCUUGUGUUUUGGUUACUAGUGUAAACUGGCUGUUGAGAUAGAUUACGACAUUGGUGGAUAUUUUGGCACUUUUAUAUGAAAAUAAAUUUUUUUUAAUGAAA